AUGGGCAAGUCUCGACUCGUACCACUAAAGGCAGUAACGAUACCACAUCUAGAAUUAACCGCAGCUGUCUUAGCAGUACGCAUCGGAGCCAUGCUGUACAGAGAAUUAGAUGUCAGAAUCGAUGAUAGCACUUACUGGACAGAUAGUACUACAGUCCUGAAAUAUCUGAACAACGCCCAAAAUCGAUACAAGAUCUUCAUUGCCAAUCGAGUGAAGACAAUCCUUGCCACCUCAACCGUAGAACAAUGGAGAUACGUGGAAGGAAGUUCUAACCUGGCAGAUGAUACCUCCAGGGGAUUAGAGCCCACUGACCUGGACAAACGAUGGAUUACAGGUCCUGAAUUCUUAUGGAAGGCUGAAAGUAUGUGGCCAAGGAAUCCUGUCGACGUCAAAGUGUGCAAAGAAUAUCUAGAUGCGCAAGAAAUAGUCUGUCUCAACAGUAGRGUGAACGGCACCAUUGAUGUAAACAGAGAUUUUCUUCAAAGAUUUUCUUAUUUCUCUAAUUGGUAUCGUCUGAAGAGAGCCAUAGCAUUAGUCCUGAAACUGCAAUCAAAGUAUCUCAAGAAUAGCAACGAUCAGAAUAAAGACAACGGUCAAUGUAAGAUAACAGAAGAAGACUUGACACUAAAAAGCAGAGAAAGUCAUCAUUAA